GUUUUCACAGAGCCAUGGACCUCACGGCAGAGUGUCAUUGAAGCCACUACCAACAUUUUCUGACUUUUGAAUCAGUCUGAAGUGUUCUAAGUUUUCUUCCAAGGGAAUUGCUCCCAGACUUUGAUUGCCACAGUGUCCAGAUUUGUUCGACAUAAGACAUUCAGGGACGAGAUGAGGAUACUAUUCAUCAGCUUUGCCAUCUUCUGUCUGUGGCUUCUACCAAUGGUGCAGGAGGAGGAUGCUGGGAAGACCUUGGACUAUCUGAACCUCGAUCCAAAUGUUGACAACACCUCACAGCCCCUUACCUACGAAACAGGAAGGAGGGGGAAAGAAGGAAACCUUGGAGCUGCAUUGAAAGUCAAACACCUUUCCAAAGAUGUAUCCACCAAGCCUAAGGCCUCCAGCUAUAGCUCUGUGGGCCCAUAUGGCUGGUCACAGAACCUCUCCCUCCCCUUGGAUCAGUCACAGUUUCGCUCCAAAUCCAAGCCCCCCAUAAAAACACCUAUCAAGGUCAAGAAGACCUUUGGGUGGGGCAACUUCUACCUCAACAUCAAAACCAUCAAGUUCAGCCUUCUGGUGACAGGUAAGAUAGUGGACCACAUCAACGGCACCUUCAGUGUGUACUUCCGCCACAACUCGUCCCGUCUGGGGAAUAUCUCAGUGAGCAUCGUUCCUCCCUCCAAAGCCGUGGAAUGGGAGGAUGUGGGACGCCCGAAACUCCACUUCCAGAGUCAGCCGCAGUCCACCCCCAAUGAGCACCGGCAGGAGAUGAAUGCCCUCAACUGCGUGGUGGAGUACCAGAGGACCAACAGAGCCAAGAAAACAAAGCCAUGCCUCUACGAUCCCUCCCAGACCUGCUACUCAGAACACACCCAGUCUCACGCCGCUUGGAUCUGUGCCAAGCCCUUCAAGGUCAUCUGUGUAUUCAUCUUUUUUCUCAGCGCCGACUACAGACUGGCACAGAAGGUCUGUCCAGACUACAACUUCCAGGCUGAUCUCCAGCACUUUGGAAGACGAGGAUAGUGGAUGAACUAGGCGGGUUAUUAAAGCAUGUUUUCCUUCAUCUCCUAUAUCAUUGGAGAAAGGGUAGAGAUGGAGAGAUUUGCUUGGUAGAAUGGAAGUCGUCAGUACCGGGAUAAUAUUUUGAUAAUACACCACUGAAGGGUAGAAGAAUUACAGAAUAUCGAGUAGUGGUUGUUAUAGUAGUGGUAGUAGUUGUUAUAUUUGGGGUCAAAUAUUGAAUUGGUUGGAGUGAUGCUCCAUGUGCAUGCCAAAGCAGCUGGUAUUAGCACAACAAUAAUUCCUAUUUUUUACUACUGUAAUUAUGUUUGUGUAAAUUGUCUGCUUUUUUGUCACAUAUUGCCCAUCUGUGAUGGCCCUUACAUUAAACCUUUUCACUAUUCAUUUGGGGACAUAUUGCAACCAAGGCACCGCAUCUACACAAAGAAAAUGCCAACCUAACCAAUUGCUUAAUGUCUGUGAGUUGAGUGGACUUCAAAAGGAAAUUAAUUUGAGCUAGUGUUGAGGUUUGUUUUAGCUGAAUUUCAACAAGCUUGUUGAGUAAAUUACAAAUGUGUGUUUGCUCAAAACCACUGAAAAUCACACUCAUCGUUAUCACAUUUCCCAGGGUGCUCUAUUGCAGGUUGAUUUUCAGAAUUGUUUGCUUCAAUAACUGUGUUGUUUGUACAUUGACUGGUUGAUUAAUCGUAUACUACACAAACAUAAAUAACAUACUUUUUUCCAAUCUAAUCCAACUUGUUAGUACUUGGGUUUAUUACACCCGUUACUGAGAUGUUAAUCUCAGUUAACCCAGAACCAGGGCGUUGCCACCCAUUGGAGAGCCAGGCCCACCCAAUCAGAUUGAGCAACAACCAAAGAUAUGUAUAAAUAUAUAUACACACUGAACAAAAAUAUGAACACAACAUGUAAAG